AUGUCUGAUCUCGAGCCAAAAGUGUAUGAUCUUAUUGUUUUUGGUGCUACCGGGUACACUGGAAGGCUUUGCGCGGAGUACAUCUCUACAAGCCUACCAACGAAUUUGAAAUGGGCCGUUGCUGGUCGAUCUGAAAAGAAAAUGGUGGCUAUGAUGGACGACUUGGGGGCAAUAAACACUGAUCGCCUUCAGCCGGGCAUUGAGAUUGCUUCUCUUGACCCCGGGGAUCUGAACGCUCUCGCGAGGAAGACUCGGCUGUUGAUAAACACCGUUGGACCAUACCAUCUCUAUAGCUCACCUGUUGUCGAAGCUUGUGCUAAGAAUGGCACACACUAUCUCGAUGUUACUGGAGAGUCACCUUGGGUUCUAGAGAUGAUCGUGAAGUAUCACGAGAUAGCAAAAGCCAACCACGCAAUCAUAAUUCCAGAGAUCGGGAUUGAGUCUGCGCCAUCAGAUCUUCUGGCCUUCGCAUUGGUUUCUUUGAUCAGAACAGAGUUGUCGUUAGGUACAAAAGAAGUCAUUGCAAGCGUACACGACAUGAAGGGUACUCCUUCCGGUGGUACGCUGGCCACAAUUCUUUCUAUGAUGGACCACUAUAGUCUCAAACAAAUCGGAAAGUCCAGCGGCUCCUGGGCUACCUCUCCUGUCCCCGGACCAAGUCCUCAAAGCUCACCGUCUUGGGUCAGCAAACUCCUAGGCAUUCGAAGUGUGCCAGGUUUGGGAACACUGGCAACAUCUAUAUCAGCUGCACCAAAUAUCGCUGUUGUACAAAGAAGCUGGGGCUUGUUUGAUGCUGGCAAGCUCUACGGUAGCAGGUUUCAGUAUAACGAGUAUAUGAGGGUCCGCAACUCUGUCGUUGGCAUAGCUUUGCACUUUGCUCUUGCUUUCGCCGGGUUGGCGUUGAUCUUCUCCCCUGUUCGAUGGUUGGCGAAGAGAUUUCUCUACGCGCCUGGUGAAGGUGCCGAUAAGGAAGUAACAAGACACGAAUAUCUCGAGUGUCAUGCCGUCGCUACUGCCGACGAAGAUGGGCUCAACCCAAGGCGUGCUUUCGCGAAGCUGAGAUGGGAUGGCAGCCUAUAUCAGUUCACAGGAGUAUUUCUCGCAGAAGCAGCGAUGGUGCUCCUCAAUGACGAGAAGCUGGUACAGCGCCUGGAUGGUGGUCUUCUAACCCCAGCAACCCUAGGCCAGCCGUUCAUUAAUCGGAUGAAGAAUGCUGGGCUUGUCUUUGAGUGCACAAACGGGUUGCACAUGACCACUGCUAAACCCUUGGUCAUGGGAGGGAUUAUUGCAAUUACCGCCAUGCAACCAGGACAUUGGCGCCUAAGGGAUCUCAAUCCAAAAUCAUCACCGGGCAUCAGAUCAUCGUUCCAACUGCAUCCGCAUGAGAGAUAUGCCAAUCGCAGCACUGCAAGGACCAACGACGUCGAGAGUCGCAACGACAUCGGCGCUACAACGACAGUGGUCAUUACGAAGGUGGCAGAGAACCAAGACGCCGUGGACAACGAGAAAGGAAUGGUUAUCAUAAUGACACUCACCAAAGCUUCCAAAAUUACAACCAGCGAUGCUCAUGAUCGUUAUACAUCAAGACAUUCGUUCAGUAGCGCGCCUCAAUCUUGUGGGGAGAGAUCAGGAUCUCCGCCAAGCUGCCCACCCUCACAUAGCUACUCUAGCUCCGGCCUCACUGGCGACGGAAAUAGAACCCAUGGUUACGAGCAACGAAUACCGCUGGAUGCACCACUAUUGGUCAAUACCGGCCGUGACAUCAUGGUUUCAGCCCCUGCUUUGAACCAAGGAGAGGAUCUUUACGAGCUUCCGGAAGCAGGCAGCGCGGAUCAACCUGGCCGAGUGAAGAGUACGUUCCGCCUCAUCACGGUUCUCGCCCCUACGACAGAUAGACGAGAGGAUCUUCGCGAAACUCCUGAAGCAUGCACCGCGGGCCCAUGCCGCCGAGCGGAGAGCAGUGCCACGACGAUCAGACAGUCAGGUCAGGAAUGUCUUGGGAGGUAUCCGAGAGGCUACAGCGAAGUCGACGAAGUACGAGAAGACCGGACAAUGGAGCGUGAGACGAUGACCAUAGUGACAGGGAUUGAUUGA